CAGCAGAUCUUCAGUCAGACUCCAGCGAGGUUCAGGUUGGUCAUGGAUCGACAGGGUCAGAGGUGGUCAGUGUGGAUCACAUUCCUGGGAUUGUGCGUGUGUGUCAGCGGGAUAACGCGACAGGAUUUGUUCCCGUUUGGAGAAGGCGCAGGAGAUCAGAGGCUUGGAGAAGGAAAUGAUGAGACGCAGCAGAUUUCUCUGGAGAAGCCCGUCACCUUUUACAACGAACAGUUCAACAAGAUUUACAUCAACACCAAUGGUUUUGUAGCCCUGAAGACGCCUGCGGUGGAAUCUGAGUAUCUGGGCAAAAUGCCGGCCAGUUUUGGAAUGAUAGCCGCUCUCCAGGGUGACCUGGACACCAGUGACGGGGUGGGUAAGGUGUUCUUCCGUGAGGACACCAGUCCUGUCGUCCUGCGAGACGCCGCCGAUCACAUUAACAGAGCGUUUCCUGAACACGACGAGGUGAACCCCAGUCACGCUCUGGUGGUCACAUGGGUGGACGUGGCCCCUCACAGGACGGAGCGUCGAGGAGACGGAGCGGAUCACGGAGGAAGAAGAAAUACAUUUCAACUGGUGAUGGCAUCGCUGGAGUCUGUGUCCUGUGCCGUACUUCUCUACCCGAGGGACGGACUUCAGUUCCACACCACAGGCAGUAGUUCCACACUCCACGCCGGCUUCAGUAAAGGACAUGAGGGAUAUUCAAUCUUUUCUAUAAAACAAGGGCCGUACUAUCGCAUCACAGACGACACAGAGGCAUCUGUCACUAAAUUAGCUGAGCAGACUAACUCUGGAAAGCCGGGCGUGUGGGUGUAUAAAAUCGGAGCGUUCCCUCAGUUCUCAGACGUCACAGCAGGACAGGUGCCAGAUUUACCUGUAGAUUCUCAUCAGUACAGGAGCACUGGAAGCCACAGACAUCAACAUCAGGUUCAGGUUUAUCCUGAGGAUCAGGAGAUCUCACAGGACAUCCUGGACGGGGUUUAUCAUCGUCCAGAGCAUCCCGCUCCUCUUCAGGUGGAGACGGUUCAGUUCACUCCUGAAGUGGUGGAGCUCGAGAGUGAGGACAACAUCCAGGUUGAUGUAUUCACGUAUAACUCCGGCCAGUGCGGCAGGCACACGUGCUCCAAAUUCGGCGAAUGUAGGAAUUAUCCAUCCGGACGGUGCUGCCAGUGUAAGCCUGGUUUCUACGGCAACGGCGUUCAGUGUGUAUCUGAAGGUGUUCCUCAGAGGAUGAACGGAAAGAUGAGCGGCAGGUUGUUUGUGGGAGACUCGCCCGUGCCCGUGGAAAUCUCCGACAAUGAUCUUCACUCGUACGUGGUGGUGAACGAUGGGAGAGCGUACGUGGCCAUCAGCACCAUUCCUCCCAGCGUAGGUUUCUCUCUUCAGCCCCUGUCAGCUGUGGGCGGAGUCAUCGGAUGGGCUUUUGCUCUCCAGCAGCCCGGAUUCAAGAACGGCUUCAGUGUUAUUGGCGGCGAGUUCAAACGUCAGGUCGACGUGACCUUCCAGCCGGGCGGCGAGAGGUUGACCGUCUCUCAAGAGUUCAAAGGCAUCGAUGAGCACGACCACCUGAUGGUUGACACCAGACUUGAAGGAAAGAUUCCUGAGGUGCCUCAGGGGGCGCGAGUGACGUUAGGACCCUACACUGAGAUCUACCAGUACAGCAGUAACUUAAUCACCUCGUCCUCAACGCGCGAGUACGUGAUCAGUAAAGCGGACCUCCCCUCUGAGACCCGAAGCUAUAAGUUCAGAGAGACCAUCACGUUCCAGGGCUGCCAGCACGACGAAUCCAGUCGAGAUGUUCCGUCCACUCAGAUGCUGAGCGUCGAUCAGGUGUUCGUCUUGUACGAUGUGAGCGAACAGCUCCUGCGUUACGCCACGAGUAACAAGAUCGGAGAUAUCAACGGAGGACAGCCUGAAGAGAACCCCUGCUUUACCGGCAGACACGACUGUGACACUAAUGCUGUGUGCAGACCUGGACAAGGAAAUGAGUUUACAUGCGAGUGUGCUACAGGUUUCACUGGAGACGGACGCGCUUGCUACGAUGUGGAUGAAUGCAGGGAAUCUCCUCAGAUCUGUGGACCUCAUGCCAUCUGUAAUAACCAGCCCGGAACCUUCCGAUGUGAAUGUCUGGACGGCUUUCAGUUUGCUAGUGAUGGACGGACAUGUGUCGAGGCGUUGCGGCCCGUGGAUCCGUGUCAAACCGGCACUCAUGACUGUGACGUCCCUGAACGCGCUCGCUGCAGUUACACCGGUGGAUCAUCCUACAUCUGCUCCUGUCUGCAGGGAUUCAUGGGAGAUGGACGGACCUGCCGAGACAUAGAUGAAUGUCAGGGAAACCAGUGUCAUGAGAAUGCCUUCUGCACCAACACCGCUGGAUCUUUCACCUGUCAGUGUAACACUGGUUACUAUGGCGAUGGUUUCCACUGCUCUACCGAUGGUAAGACUCGCUGUCAGCUUCAUCGAGAGAACGCUCUGAGCUCCGGUGGGGUUGGUCCGCGAGGUCCUCGUCCUCUGCCCGGUCGGUUUGUGCCCACCUGUGAUGCCCGGGGUGAAUAUGAGCCCAUGCAGUGUCACGAAAGCAUCGGUCAGUGCUGGUGUGUGGAUCCAGAUGGACGGGAGAUUUCUGGCUCGCGCACGGGGCCCGGCACUUUUCCCCAAUGCCCUGAUCAUGGACCCGGUCCCGUCAGACCAACACCCAGACCCGACGUCAACCCUCUUCCCCCCGGCAGCCACAUUCUGUUCACUCAGAGCGGGAAGGUCGAGUUUGUGCCUCUGGACGGCCACGACCUGAAGAAGACUGAAGCAAAGACUGCUCUACACCUGCCGGAGAAAGUUCUGAUUGGAAUCGCUUACGACUGUUUGGAGAAGAUGGUGUACUGGACGGACAUCAGCACACCUGCUAUCGGUAAAGCCAGUCUACAUGGAGGAGAGCCCAUCUCUCUCAUCACAUCAGAUCUUGGCAGUCCUGAAGGCAUCGCUAUAGAUCAUCUGGGCAGGAACAUGUUCUGGACAGACUCCAUGAAGGACAGAAUUGAAGUUUCCUCACUGGACGGAUCCAAGCGUCGGGUGUUGAUCGACACAGGUCUUGUUAAUCCAAGAGCCAUCCUCACUGACCCCACCAACGGCUACAUCUACUGGGCCGACUGGAACAGAGACUCUCCCAGAAUCGAGAUGGCUUAUAUGGACGGCACUAACAGAAGAAUCCUGGUCAAGGAUGACUUGGGCCUCCCCAACGGUUUAACUUACGACCCUCAAACGUCUCAGCUGUGUUGGGCAGAUGCUGGUACUCAUAAAGUGGAGUGUAUGAAUCCGAACCAGGGCGACCGCAGACAGCUCAUGGAGGGAAUUCAGUAUCCGUUCGGAAUGACUACAGACGGCCGAAAUCUCUAUUACACAGACUGGAGGAGGGGCGGCGUAAUCGUGAUUGAUCGGCACGCUGGCAAAGAGGUCGAUGAGUUCCAGCCCCAGAAACAAACACGUCUGUACGGCAUCACCACGGCACACGCUCAGUGUCCCUCCGGUCAGAACUAUUGCUCUGUGAAUAAUGGAGGCUGUACUCACUUGUGUCUCGCGACUCCUGCUGGUCGCUCCUGUAGAUGUCCUGAUGAUUCUGCAGGAUCGGUCUGUGUGGAAGAGGGCAGAACUUAAAGAUUCAAAGAAUCAGAAUCAAGUUUGCUGUGAUGUUACAUGUCAACUGUUUAUUACUGUGACACCUCAUAGUAUCUGUUGUGAAGUUGCCAAACUAAAAGAUAAAGAAGAAUGUUGUUUUCAGUGAUUUUCUUUGGUGCUUUGAAAAACAUAAUUGCAUUUUAAGUUAAAUUUAUAUUUAGUUCUUUGCAAUAGUUCUUUACAUGUAAUGCAAUUUUUCAAUAAAGUAAUGUU